GACAGCGGCGCGCCGGGCGCGUUGCCGUAAAGCGCGGUGGCGGGCCGGCAUGGGUAAGCGGCGCGGCGGGCGGGAGCUGCUGCGCGGGCUGAGCAAGAAGCAGAGGAAGCACCUGAGGGAGUUCGGGGAGGAGCACCCCUUCCAUGACAAGGUUCCGGGAAGACCAGAAGCAACUCAAGUCUGUGAACUGUCUGACAGUUCUGAUAAAUCGAGUGCGGAAAGCGAUUCGGAGACUGAAGUGGAGCAGGUCUCUGUAUAUCAUAAGCUCCUGGCUACCCUGAAGACCUCUCCUGAGUCUGAGAGUGAGGAGGAGGAGGAGGAAGAUGAAAGUGAAUCAGAAGCUGAGGAAAGUGAGACAGAAAUGGACAGCGAAGGGUCCCAGGAGAGCAGAGAAGCAGAUGGCGGUGGAGAAGAUCAGAAUGAUGUACCAGAGCAGGAAGAAGCUACAGACACGGCAGAGCAGACGCCUAGCCAGCAGCAGGCUGAUGGCAUAGAUACCUCUUGUGACCCUGGUCAUGGAGUAGUUGAGGAGUUUACUGAUGUGAAACAUGAAUCUGAAUUUAGCUUGGAAACCAAUUUCAUGGAAGAGGAGAGUGGAGAUUGCAAUGCAGAUAAGAGAGAUGGCAGUUCUUCACAAGCUUUUUCAGAAGAUCCAUUUAAACAACACAUGGACAAGGAACUCGAAGAAAAAGAUGUAGAAAAAAUGUCUACUCUUCCUAAAACUUCAAGUCAAAGCCAGUGGCCAAGGCUGGGCCAAGUGACGUUUUCUUCCACUUUGGAGAAACCCAAAGCUUUGAAAGCAGACAAAGAAGUUGAUGUGAAGCAGCUUUAUCUUCACAAACCUUUAGAAUCCACUUGGCCAAAAGUGAAUAAGCAGUUUCUGUCCUCAGUGAAUAAACCGAGUGAUGCCUUUUUUACCCCAUUACAAAGAGAGCUCUUCUGUAUCAUGAACACAUACCGGGACUUGUUCUAUCCAGAAAGAAAUGCUUUAACCAAUGGAGAAGAAAUCCGGCAUGCUUACUGCUUGCAUGCCUUGAACCACGUUCUGAAGGCAAAUUCCCAGGUGCUCAGCAACAAUGCCAAAAAAAGAAACCAAAAGCCAGGGGCUGACAAUGAUGACCACAGAGAUCAAGGGCUCACUAGACCUAAGGUACUGAUGAUAGUGCCCUUCAGGGAGUGUGCUUUGAGAAUUGUGCAUAUUUUCAUCAGUCUGCUUGAAGUGAAUGACAAAAGAAAAAUAGAUGUAAGUAAUAAAAAACGCUUCAAAGGGGAGUUUGGCUCUGACCCAGAAGAGAAGCCCCCUAACCUGAAAAGACCGGAAGAUUAUGAAGCUGUCUUUGCUGGCAACAUUGAUGACCACUUCAGAAUUGGGGUUGCCAUCCUCCAGAAGAGCAUGAGGCUCUAUGCACCGUUCUACUCCUCGGAUAUCAUCAUCGCCUCUCCCCUGGGAAUGAGGACUGUCAUUGGGGCAGACGGGGAGAAGAAGAGGGAUUUUGAUUUUCUGUCAUCAAUAGAAAUUCUCAUAAUCGACCAAGCAGAUAUUUACCUGAUGCAGAACUGGGAACAUGUUCUGCACCUGAUGAAGCACGUGAACCUGCUGCCUCUGGACUCCCACGGGGUAGACUUCUCCCGGGUGCGGAUGCUGAACCUCAACAACUGGUGCAGGUACUACCGCCAGACGCUGCUGUUCAGCGCCCUGCAGGACCCCCAGGUUAACUCUGUCUUCAACAAACACUGCUUCAAUUACAUGGGGCAGGUGGCCGUCCGCAAUGUACCGCUCAGCGGCUCCAUUAGCCGCGUUGUGGUCCAGCUUCCUCAUGUUUUUCGGAGGCUAGAAGCUGAAAGUUUGACUUCUGUCAUAGAUACAAGGUUCCAGUUCUUCAUCGACAAGGUGUUGCCUGAGUACCGCGACGCCAUCAUGUCACACACUCUCAUCUACGUCCCGUCGUAUUUUGACUACGUGCGUCUUCGAAACUACUUCAAGAAAGAGGAGCUGAAUUUUACCCACAUUUGUGAAUACACCAAAAAGGCUGCUGUCUGCAGAGCGAGGCGCUUCUUCCUCAAGGGAGAGAAGCAGUUCUUAUUGUUCACUGAGCGCUUCCACUUCUACAAAAGGUAUACAAUAAAAGGCAUCAGGAACCUCAUUUUCUACGAGUUGCCAACAUACUCCCACUUCUACAGUGAGAUUUGCAAUAUGAUGAAGGCCACAGACAAUGGAGUGGAUGCCACAUGGACCUGUACUGUGCUCUACUCCAAGUAUGAUGCUCAGAAGCUGGCUGCAGUGGUUGGCAUAGAGCGCGCAGCUCAAAUGCUACAGUCCAAGAAGAACGUGCACCUCUUUGUUACAGGAGAAAGUGAAUAAGUGACAUUGAAUGGACCUGCAUUCUACUGUUCGUGCACUUGCUGAUGGUGUUUGUUAAGAAAGUGUUAAACUUCUUACUCCCUUUUAUUAAAUAUUCUGUUGAAAUUGUU